CGCUACCCUAGGCUCUUCUUAGCCGAUCGCACGCGUGUUGCUGGCACAGAGCAGGUUGAGAAACAGAAGUUUUCAUUCUCUCUCUCUCUCGCCCUCUAGUGUUAUAGCCUGGAGCACGCGACACACACGAAGCGGGCUCUUCUUGCUGCUUUCAUUCAGUCUGUUAGAAAGUUGCAGUCAAGUGUUUUAUCAUCUGCAUCAUGAAUCUAACGGCUGCAAACCACCGCAUACCUCUGAACGACGGGAACAGCAUCCCCGUGAUUGGACUUGGCACCUAUGCUGACCCCAGAAAAACUCCCAAAGGUACCUGUGCCGAAUCAGUGAAGAUUGCCAUUGAUGCUGGUUACCGCCAUUUUGAUGGGGCCUUUGUGUACUACAACGAGCAUGAAGUGGGACAGGCCAUCUGGGAGAAGAUUGCAGAAGGAAAAGUAAAACGAGACGAAAUCUUCUAUUGUGGCAAAUUGUGGAAUACAUGUCACCCACCGGAGCUGGUGCGUCCAACUUUGGAGAAGACGCUCAAGAUUCUGCAGCUGGAUUAUGUUGAUCUCUAUAUUAUUGAGCUGCCAAUGGCAUUCAAGCCUGGAGAUGCAAUCUACCCUAGAGAUGAAAAUGGAAAAUAUAUCUACCAUGAGACAAACUUGUGUGCCACUUGGGAGGCUUUGGAAGCAUGUAAAGAUGCUGGCUUGGCAAAAUCUAUUGGAGUGUCCAACUUCAACCGCAGGCAGCUGGAAAUGAUUCUGAACAAGCCCGGGCUCAAGCACAAACCUGUCAGCAAUCAGGUUGAAUGCCACCCAUAUUUCACCCAGCCCAAGCUCUUAGAAUUCUGUAGACAACAUGACAUUAUCAUUGUUGGGUACAGUCCACUAGGAACCUCAAGGGAUGAAACAUGGGUAAAUGUGUCUUCCCCUCCUUUACUGAAGGACCCUGUGCUGAAUGUCAUUGGGGAAAAAUACAACAAGACGGCAGCACAGGUUGCUCUGCGUUUCAGCAUCCAACGAGGGGUGGUAGUCAUUCCCAAAAGCUUCCAUCCACAGCGGAUCAAAGAAAACUUCCAGAUUUUUGACUUCUCACUCACUGAUAAAGAAAUGAAGGACAUUGAAGCACUGAAUAAAAACACCCGUUACGUGGAGUUGCUGAUGUGGCGUGACCAUCCGGAGUAUCCCUUCAAUGAUGAAUAUUGAAAAUAAACCAUAGCAGCAUAUAUUCAACUCAGUAUUGUGGGGCUGGGUCCAAACACACCUAGUUCUAAAGAUGGGGCUUUCACUGUAAUGGAGACUUUCCAGAACAUCAGAAUUAAAACAUGAAUGAAGUUACAGUUCAUUUGUCUCUUCAAACUUUUCUUGUCACCCUUGCCAACAGUUGAAGGAUAGUUCUGUUUAAGUUACUGAUGGGCCCAAACCAUGUGAGCUGAAUACCUUAAUUUUUUUUAUUUGGGGCAGGGUGGAAGGGGAGAAGAGCAUGCAGGACCCAAAAUGAAUCCUGUUUCUGAAUUUUAAUGUGCAAUCUAUAUAAAAACAAAUCAGAACAUUCCUGACUUGUAGAGUUUUUAAAAACUGGGUUGAAACUGCAAUGCAGGCCCAUUGCUACCUCAAAUUGAACACUGCAUGUCAACUCACCAUCAUGUUUGAUCUUGCAAUGAAACCAAAGCAUUGAAUUUGUGACAUCAGAAUAAUUUCCACAGCAAUAGGCUGGCAGCACAAACACAACAUUAUCAAGAUCCAGUGAAAAGGCUGGUUGGGAGGAGGAAAUUACUUGGGCAUUUUAAAAAAAUGGUCUAAAGGAGGUUUUACUUCUGCAUAUGGUCUCUUCUGCUUGAGUGUAGUGUGGAAACCACCACUUUAAAGAGCUGAAAGUGAGUGUCUCUCUUGCGCUUUCUUUCUUUACAUCAAGCUGAGCACAUCCUUCUUGCAAAUCCCAAAAAUGAUGAUUCACUCAAUAAACUAUUCAUUUCAAA